AUGAAGGUGUUUCUGUCUCUUCUGUUGGCUGCUGUCACUUGCAUGGAUUUGGGAUACUCCUUGCAGUGUUACACGUGCAGGGAUUUGACCUCAGUUGAGAAGUGCCAGACAAUUGAGAACUGCACAGAGGAGGAGAUCAUGUGCAAGACUACAAUGUAUUCCCUGGAGGAUGUUUAUCCGCCCACGGGAAUCUCGACUGUCACCAAGAUGUGUGCCUCCAGCUGCAUCCCCUCCGACGUGGAUAACAUUGGGAUGACACAUCCUGUCACCUGCUGUUACUCUGACCUGUGCAACUUUGAUGGAGCAGCAAGUUUGAGCACCAGCGUCGUGCCAGUUGGGAUCCUGGCCUGUUCCCUCUGUGCCUUUUUCUGGACUAGACUCUGAGGGGAUAAUUGGAGUAAUUUAUUCUGAAAAUUCCAUGAUGAAAAUACCACCCUCCCCAACAGCCCAGCUUUCCAUGUGGGUGCCUUAUGAACAACACUCAACAGCUCCCAAUUUUUUUUUUUUUUAAUAUCCACACUUUUCCCACAGCUAAGAGAGAAGCAAAACUCAGGAAGGCCCAACUCAUGUGUUUAAUUGGUUUUUCAACAGCUACCACGAAA